CUCCUCCGAGCAGAAGAUCAUGCGUGCAGCUGUUCUGCAGAAGCUGACGAUUGGACUGUGUAAUCUUUAAUAAAUAAGAAACAUGAUCCGGAUCGCGGCUCUGAACGCGGCGUCUCAGGCUGCGGAUGAACAUGAAGAUGCUUUCAGAAGCACUAAACCCAGUCAAACUAAGGAAGCCCAGGAGGCAGAAGCGUUUGCUCUGUAUCAUAAAGCUCUUGAUCUGCAGAAACACGACAAGUCUGAUGAAUCUGCCAAAGCCUAUCAUGAGCUCCUCAAGACACCGCUGCUCAAAGAGGCAGUAGCAUCUGAAGAUGAGAAGGUUGGACUCAAGCAUCCUGGUCUGAUGUUAAAGUACUCCACCUAUAAAAACCUAGCCAGUCUGGCUGUGCUCAAAGAUGAUCUGGACACCGCCAUGGACUUCUAUGUUCAGGCUGUCAUGCUGGACUCCACUGAUGUCAACAUGUGGUUUAAAAUGGGAAAGCUGGCGUUGAGGAAGGUCAGCAUGCCUCUGGCCCGGCAUGCGUUUGAGGUGGGCUUACGCUGUAACCCGGAGCACUGGCCGUGUCUGGACAGCCUCAUCACAGUCCUGUACGCGCUCAGUGACUACAGCUGUUGCCUGUACUACAUCUGUAAGGCUCUGGAGAAGGACUCGGGCUACAGUAAAGGCAGAGUGCUGAAAGAGAAGAUCUUCCAAGAGCAGCCCUGCCUCAGACGAGACUCCAUGAGGAUGUUCUCCAAACUUGAUAUCGCACUGCAGUAUGUGGAUGUAGAUGAGGAGGAAGCUCACAGUAUCGUAGAGGAGGCUCUGGAGCUCAGGAGACAGAGACAGGCCAAGCUCACACGCCAUCCAGUAGCUGAUCUGCAGCUGGUUCAGCCUAUCAAAUACUUCACGUGGAAGAGUGUGGGAGAGAGUUUCCUGGCCAUGUACAAACACCAGAACGCUUGUCUUGUCCCUCGGCCUGACUUUGGGCGUCGGAUUGAUUUGUCGAUGUACCGUGACCCAGACUGCCUCCUGCAGAUGCCCAGCAGUGCUCCAGUGCCCGCCGCUGCCCCGUCUGACCCUCCUCAGCCCCCAGUGCCUGUCUCUGCCCCUCCUGCACCCGUCAUCCCUCCUCCAGCCCCUAGCAGCCCGAGCGCCAGUCUGCCCCCAUGCCCUGAGCUACUGGUCCAAGCCAUCACUGCUCCUGGAGGAGUCCUACUGAACCAGAACGUGAUCGAGAUCACAACCACAACCACAGUCACCACCACCGCUGCAUCUGCCGUUGAGGACACCGCUGGGAACUCUGCAGCUCUGGAUGAUAAAGUGAAAAAAGGCACCAAGAGAAAGCGUGUGAUCGAGGACACCGUAGAGACGGCGAAGAGACGCUCGGCACGCGUCCGCAACACCAAAUGCAAGAAAGAAGAGAAGAUUGACUUCCAAGAGCUCCUGCUCAAAUUCCUGCCCUCCAGAUUAAAAAAGUUUGAAGAUGACGAAGAUGAGGAGAGUCUCAGUAAUAUGGAUUCUCAGUGUGGCAUCAAACCCGAUUCCCAGUCCAACCGUGGAUCCAACUCCUCUGAUUAUAUUGUUUCUAUGGAGUCAGAGCGCAGUGAAGUGCAUGCGUUCCUGAUGGCGAAUAUGCAGAAUGGCGGGAUCCUGGAGCUGAUGAUAUACUAUCUGAAGGCGGUGGGGCAGAAGUUUCUGGAGGAAUGGCCUGCGGGUCUUUCUGGAGUGGUGUUGGAUCUGUUCAACUGCUGGAGGAAACACAGCGCUGGACUGCCCAACCCGCUGCUCAGAGACUCCAGCAACAAACACAUCAAGGAAAUGAUGCAGAUGAGUCUGGGCUGUCUGGAGCUGCAGCUGGAGCAGAAAUCUAUGAUGAAGGGCAAGAACGCGUCUCAGAGAAAAACCAUGUCUGCGUCUGGAAGGGAUUGUGGGGAUUUGGACAGUCCAGAGACGCGCUUUCAGGCGGAUUUGUUCCUGCUGACCAUGGCCUCCUCUCAGAAAGACCUGUUUGAAGACCGCUGGCUCUCGUUCGCCGUCAGAGUUCACUGGCUUAAAGCACGACACCUCGCAUUUCAGGGUGACAUGGAGGAGGCGCUGGAGUGUUAUGACAUGUGUGUCGGACUGCUGAAAGGUCAGUCAAGUGAAAACGACAAAAUCGCCAUCCAUCUUCCCAACCUCAGUGUGGACAAUAGCAUCUCUAUUGAAGAGAUUGAGAAGAAGCUGAAGUCUCUGGAGCGCUGUCAGUCUCUAGAGGAGAUCCAGAAGCUGUUUGACGCAGGAGAUUAUCAGUCUGUGGUGCGUUUGCUGCAGCCCACGCUGAGCUUCGGCCACGGAGCCACUCGACUCAAACCUCUGGACUACAUCAGCUCUGCUCCUGAGAGGCCGGCUCAGCUGCUUCUGCUGCAGAGUUCCCUGCUGCGUCAGAAAGACUUCAGCUCCUGCCUGGAAACGUCUGAAGUGUCUCUCAAUGAGGCCUUGCAGCACUUGAACUCUGCUUUACCCAGCAGCCCCUCUGCUAAGGAAGAGUGGAUUUCCACCAUCACGGCUCUUCUGAAAGGCAUCGAAAGCUGCAUUACUGAUAAGCCCGAGCUGCUCAGCCAAACGCCACGAUCCGUUAAUCUGCCACGGCUUGCUAACAACCUCAUCCAGUUAAUCGCCAGCAGCAUGGUCUUACCCGAUGACCCCAAAGAGGCUCAUUUCUCAUCUCUGCUGCCUUGGAUUCUGCUGUAUCACCUCAUCAAGCAGGAAGAAGCGGCGUUUGACUGCAUGCUGCGGCAGCACAUCGCAGACGAGGAGGACGAAGAGGAUGAUACUCCAUUGCUGCCCUCCUCCCUCAUGCUUCUGAACACAGCACAUGAAUGUCUGGGCCGGCGCUCCUGGUGCUGCAACUCUGAUGGAGCUCUGCUCAAAUUCUUUAUGCGUGUUCUGCGGGAGAAGCUCUCGGGACAUGAGAAUCUGCCUUAUAAAGAGGAUCUGGAGAUGGCACUCGAGCAGUGUUUCUUCUGUCUAUACGCUUAUCCCAGCAAGAAGAGCAAAGCCCGAUAUCUGGAGGAACAUUCUGCUCCACAGGUGGAGCUUCACUGGAAUGAAGCCAUCUUCAUGUUUGAGUACUUCAAACCCAAGACCGUGCCGGAGUUUGACAGCUAUAAGACCAGCACUGUAUCUGCUGACCUCGCCAACCUGCUUAAAAGACUUUCUGGAAUAAUCCCGCGCACCGACGGUCCCACGCUCUCCAUAGACGACGUUUCUGCCUAUAUUGAAGGAGGUGCAGUAAAGGUUCCUGCCCUUCCCGAAGGAGCGUCUCCUGCACCCCCUGUGGUCAAUGAGCUGUACUACCUGCUCGCUGAUUAUCACUUCAAAAACAAAGAGCAGUCCAAAGCCAUCAAGUUCUACAUGCACGACAUCUGCAUGUGUCCCAACAGGUUUGACUCGUGGGCGGGCAUGGCAUUGGCACGUGCCAGCCGCAUCCAGGACAAGCUGAACUCCAAUGAGCUGCGCAGCGACGGGCCCAUCUGGAAGAACUCUCUGGCUGUGCUGACCUGCUUCAGACGCGCCCUGGAGAUCGACGGCUCCAACCUCUCACUGUGGAUCGAGUACGGCACCAUGUCUUACGCCCUGCAUUCCUUCGCUUCCAGACAGCUCAAACAGUGGGGACACCAACUCCCAGCAGACUUGACCAAACAGAUGGAGGAGCGCAGAGAUUCAAUGUUGGAGACGGCGUCGCAGUGUUUUCAGAGCGCUUCUCGCUGUGACGGAGAUGAGGAAGAGUGGCUCAUUCACUACAUGCUUGCCAAGAUUGCCGAGAAGCGCAAGCAGCCGCCCAAAGACUACCUGCAGAUGUACAAAAAGUCUGCACAUUACCUGCACGAGGAGGCUGCCAGAUAUCCACGCAAAAUCCACUACCACAACCCUCCUGACCUCGCCAUGGAGGCCUUAGAGCUGUUUUUCCGUCUGAGCGCAACCAUUCUCAAGUUGUUGGAGAACGUGGAAAAUACUGGUGAGCAGUCUGAGACGAAGCCUCUGGAUUAUGAUCUGUUCUUCUGCUUGCUCACCGAAGCGGCGGUCGGACCCUUUGCACGUGGAGAAGAGAAGACCACGCCUAAAACCAGCAGCGACAAGGACAAGCUUCUGUCUGUGAAUGAUGAAGACUCUCUGUCCUCGGCCGGUGUGAUGACGUGUCCGGCAGCCAUGACCAGCUCAUCUGUGGCAUCAGUGGCGGCUGCAGGAGCUUCACUGGCUGGUGAUGGCGCGGCAGGUGCGAGUUCUCCCCCGUAUGCGGUCACUCCACUCGACCACGAUUACGUCAAGCGUAAAAACCUGCAGCAGAGGCACAGACAGGGGGAGCAGAUCCAGCGACAGCGGCAGCAGCAGCAGGACGCUGACUUCUCACUUGACCACGACUACUGCGUGUGUGUGCCUGCUUUUCGGCCAGGAUCAGUGUAUGAGCAAAGUCAGGACAGCGUCGCUGGCUUGUCGGACUCCAGCUCCUUGCAGGACGUCUUCAUGGACGCCACCAGCUCACAGGACAGCAGCCACAAACUCCAUCCUGUGAAGUGUAGCCUUUUCCCAGAGGAUUCAAAUGCCAUUGGGAAGGAGAAACAGGCCACGGUGGAGGACACAGGCCCCCUGGAGGACAAAAACAUAGACUUCAGCUCCGCCACGCUGUCUCAAGAGUCCUCCAUCACACAGGAGUCUUCAGACACCACUUUAUCCAUCACGUCCCCUGAGGCCUCCGUUCCGAAGACUCCCACUGCAGACCCCCUGAGCCAGGCUCCAUCUGCCCCGCUGCAACCCACCACGCCACAGAGAGCGCACCCGCAGACGGGGCCCUCCAGCGAGAGCAAGCGCAGGCCGGAGCCGCCGCCCCCGCUGGAGGCCAUGGAGCUGCCCAAGGCUCUGCCUGCGGGACGAGAGGAGCAGAGGAAAACACUGGUGGACGUGUGUGUGCGCUGUCUGUUCCUGUGUCUGAGCCGCUUCCCACAGCACUACAAGAGUCUGUACCGUCUGGCACACCUCUACGCCUACAGCAACACACACAAGAACCUCCAGUGGGCACGGGAUGUGUUGCUAGGGAGCAGUGUCCCAUGGCAACAGCUCAAGCACAUGCCGGCACAAGGACUCUUCUGCGAGAGGAAUAAGACCAAUCUGUUCAAUGGCAUCUGGCGUAUUCCAGUAGAUGAGAUCGAUCGUCCUGGUAGUUUUGCAUCUCAUAUGAACAGAUCCAUCGUGCUGUUGCUGCAUGUUCUGUCUCAACUGAAAGAUCACCACACAUUACUCAAGAUCUCCCUCAUGCUUCAGAGAACCCCCGACCAGGGAAAGAAGUACUUGCGAGAUGUGGACCGACAAGCUUUGGCCAAGCGAGCGUUUUUCUUCACUGUAAAAGUGCUGGAGGACAAUCUGGAUAAACUCACAGGGACGAGUGAUCCCGCUAAACCAUCUGCCACUGCUAUGGGUGAAAUGACCACGACGGACGUGUCCAAUAGACCAGCCGCUGCAGAGGAGCUCAAAUCCUCCCAGUCUAGCCAGCCAAAAACAGCAGUCCCUGAAACUCCUACAGCUACAGGAGGUGAAAGCGGACCUCCUGGCUUUCCCCAGAAAUGUUCAGGAACACUCCAGCUUUCCCUGGAGCCUUUGCCUCAGGCCACGGCAUCCACACUUCAGGCUACUUCAGAACCCAUGGAGCUCGGCUCGGGUUCGUGGUUGAGUUGCUCAAAAUUCAAAGACCCACAAACGCAUGUUGAUGCUGGAUCACAAGAGGUUGUUACAUCGGCGGCGGAAGAGACUGAAAAACUCCCAGAGAGCAGUAGAGCGUCAGAGUUAUCGCUGGAGGAGUUGAGCAUUAGCACUAAACAACAACAACAACAACAACAGAUACAGAAUCAGGUGAACGCAGCUAAAAUAGCCACAACUCCAAUCACUCCAACAACUCUACCUAGCAGCGCUGAUCUGGUGGUCCCGCAGAGACCCAGCAGGAAGAGGAAACUGCUGGAUGAUGUGGAGUCUGGAAAGACGCUGCUUUUGGAUGCGUACAGGGUGUGGCAGCAGGGUCAGAAGGGCAUGACCUACGACCUUCAGCGCAUCGAAAAGAUCAUGUCGGAGACCUACAUGCUGAUCAAACAGGUGGAUGAGGAUGUAGCGCUGGAUCAAGCUGUUAAAUUCUGCCAGAUUCAGAUGGCGACAUCAGCACAGAGACAGAGCUCCAGUGAAGCGCCCAGCACUCCUAAGUUUACAAAAGAGCAGCGAGACCUCUUCUUUCCAGCAUCGUUCUCAACGCCGUGCCUCCACACACACACACACCCAACGUCGGUGCAGGACGCAGAAAGCCAGGCUGGCAAGACCCCCCGACCGCUGCUCAUACAGACGCAGACACACACAGCACCAGCGCAGAUCUACUGCCAGACCGACCAAUCACAGCAACGCAAGACCACCAGUCAGCCAAUCGCAAGCAUGGCCUUCCUGCCCCACACAGAGGACAGAGAAGAGCCGGCGUCUGAGGGUCUGCUGUACCGUCAGCAGGAGUCUCACCUGUGUCAGCAGAUGAAGAUGGCCACCGUCUCUCAGAUCCACAACACACACGAGUGGGCCGCACACGAGCCCCCAUCCUGCUCCACACACUCCAGCACAGAAAGUGAGCAGUCGAAGCAGAACGAUCCGAGUCGCAUCCGCUCCAGAAUCCCACCCAACAUGCCAAAACUGAUGAUUCCCUCCACAGUCACCAAAUUCCCCCCGGAGAUCACCGUCACGCCCCCCACGCCCACCCUGCUCUCCCCCAAAGGUAGCAUCUCUGAGGAGACCAAGCAGAAGCUCAAGAAUGUGAUCCUGUCCUCUCAGUCGGCAGCUAAUGUGAAGAAGGACACUCUGGCUCAGCCUGCGCUAGAAGUGCAGGAGACGUCCAGUCAAGAGUCGUCACUGGAAAGUGAAUCUGACGAGGAAGACGACUACAUGGACAUCUGAACUUCAACACUGCUCCCAAUCUGCUUUUCUAAAGGUUGUAGCUGUUGGUUUUUCUAUAGCGUGUUUUCUCCUGCUAUAUGCACGUUUUUUUCAGCAAAAGGGCUUUUUUCCUACCCUGGCACUGGCGUCCUGUUGUUUCUGCUCCUCUGCUGCUAUAAGCAUGGACUGGUGUUGUUAUUUUUGUCGCGUACGAUCCUGCAAAAGUGCCAUUUUCCGACGUUCGUGCUGGAUUCUCAGUACAGAAGAUGGAUUGCGUAACAUCGCCGGUUUGCGUAAUGCAAUUUACUCCCUCAGAGUUUCUUGGGCAUUAAAUCCAUCAUGUUGUUGUUUACAGAAUUAACAGGAAGUAAAUCGCAAUGGACGUUUGGUGUAAAACAAACAGGAUUCAUAUCACUACCGAGUUGCAGCCAAUCGUGGAGUCUCCCCCCUGAGGAUGUCAGCAUGCAAAAGUGACGUGUUUUUCCUAGGUGUUUUUUGUGCGUGCGUGCUUCUGUUUUCAUAAAGCGCAUGGAGAAUCGCCAUUUAAUCGCUCGUCCAUGCUGUCCGCUUUUCACAAGGGGAAUAAUUCUACAUAAUUAUAGCACCACUUCAGAGUUCAACUUAUAUUUUUUUGAUUGUUGGUGUUAUUAUUAUUAUAGAUUUCUAUGUUGGUGAUCUGUUUGGUUGUAAAAGUUUCAAAGACCUGAUUUGAGUUUGUAAGCCACAAAAAGCUCUAUUUUGUUUUAUAUUACUGGUAGUGUCUCAUAUUUUUGACCUAAUUUCAUUUUUUUUCCCUUUGUAAUUGUAUUACAUUUACUUUUGAGGAUGGUAAACCGCAGCGGCUGAAAGAGUAAAUGGUGCCAGCCUCAUCACCAGCACUGAAAACAUCUAUUAUUCAUAUCAUACUUCAAAAAUGAAUGUCAUUUAAAUUACUACUAUUACUGCAGAGUUUGUAUUUUUUAUUUUGACGUACUUUUUCACUGGUUUUGCCAAAAUAUCUGGACAUAUUUUCUGGUAUCACAGCCAUUUAAAUGAGUCAAACAAGCCUAAAAAUGGUGCUGAUCCUUUAUUUUUUUGCUUUUUAAAGAAAAUAUGUAAUUAAAAAUGGUUAAAUGGAAAGUUCACCGCAAAAUUAUGACGUCUUCCAAAUCUGUAUGUUUUUCCCCCUACCUAACACACAGUAAAGAACAAAUUUAGCAGAAUGUUCUUGCUGCUCUUUUCCAUACAGCGAUAUUAUCAUAGCACAUUGAAAGUUCCAAGAAAUAGGCUGAAAUCUGAGUCAUUUAAGUUUACUUAUGUUUAUUCUUGUUUCCCUUUUUUAAAACUCUGAUGUUUGUGUACACUUGAAUCUGGACUUCACACUGUAUUUCCAGUCAGUAAUUGGCUUUUUUGAUUAGAGCUGUGGUGAAAAAUCAUUCAGAAAAUCAAUUCUGCAAUUUUUAGAAUGUAUUUUUAACAGCAGAUGGCGCUGUGUGCUUUACUAACAGCCAUACUCUGCUUGCCUCCAAUUGCUUACAAAUACCACUCAAACCUAAAAUAAUCAUUAAUAAAUUAGGAAAGGUUUCAGUGAAUUACAAGAGUGUUUACAUUAGUCUCAGCUUGCAGUACUCGGGUGAAUGCACAAGCACUUGUCCCAUAAACAUGUGAGUGUGGAUCACUGUCCGCUUUAAAAAACUAGCCUCGAGCCCCAUCUGCUGUUAAAAAUUAGCCUAGAGCGAUGUUUAAAACAAGUCUUAGAGCGCUGUCUGCUGUUAAAAACUAGCCUAGAGAGCCAUCUACUAUUAAAAAUUAACCUAAAGUGCCAUCUUUUGUUAAAAACUAGCCUAGAGCGCCAUGUGCUAUUUAAACUAGCCUAGAGCACCAUCUGCUGUUUAAAAACAGCUCUAUAGUGCUAUCUGCUGUUAAAAACUAGCCUAGAGCAUAGUCUGAUGUUAAAAACUAGCCUAGAAUGCCAUCCACUGUUAAACUAGCCUAGAGCAUUGUCUGAUGUUAAAAACUAGCCUAGAGCGCCAUCUACUAUAAAAAAAUUAAGCUAGAGCGCUGUCUUUUGUUAAAACUAGCCUGGAGCGCCAUGUGCUAUUAAAAACGAGCCUAGAGCACCUUCUGCUAUUAAAAGCGGCUCCAUAGUGCCAUCUGCUGUUAAAAACUAGCCUAGAGCAUCGUCUGAUGUUAAACUAGCCUAGAGCCCCGUCUGCUGUUAUAAACUAGCCUAGAGCGCCUGUCCGUCUGCUGUUAAAAACUAGCCUAGAGCACCAUCUACUAUUAAAAAUUAACCUAGAACACCAUAUGUUGUUAAAAACUAGCCUGGAGCGCCAUCUGAUGUUAAAAACUAGCCUAGAGCACUGUCUGUAAAAAUCUAGCCUAGAGCGCUGUCUGCUCUUAAAAAUUAGCCUAGAGCGCUGCUCGCUGCUAAAAACUAGUCCAAAGCAUCAUCUGCUGUUAAAAGCUAGCCUAGGGCACUGUCUGUAAAAAAACUAGCCUAGAGCCCCGUCUGCUGUUUUAAACUAGCCUAGAGCGCCUGUCCGUCUGCUGUUAAAAACUAGCCUAGGGCACCAUCUACUAUUAAAAAUUUACCUCGAGCGCCAUAUGUUGUUAAAAACUAGCCUAGAGCGCCAUCUACUAUUGAAAGUAUGCUAUAGGGUCAUCUGCUGUUAAAAACUAGCCUGGAGCGCCAUCUGAUGUUAAAAUCUAACCUAGAGCGCUGUCUGUAAAAAUUUAGCCUAGAGCGCUGUCUGCUCUUAAAAAUUAGCCUAGAGCACUGCUCGCCGCUAAAAACUAGUCCAAAGCAUCAUCUGCUGUUAGAAACUAGCCUAGAGCACCAUCUGAUGUUAAAACUAUCCUAGAGCGCCAUCUGCUGUUAAUCUAGAGUGCUGUUAAUUGCUAAAAAAAACUAGCUAGAGCUCCACCUCCUGUUGAAAACUAGCUUAGACCGCCAUCUGCUGUUGAAAACUAUCCUAGAGCAAUGUCCAUUGUUUUAAAAACUAGCCUAGAGCCCAUCUGUUGUUGAAAACUAACCAAGAGCAUCAUCUGUUAUUAAAACUAGCCUAGAGCGCUGUUAAUUGUUAAAAAAACUAGCCUAGAGCGCCACCUUCUGUUGAAAACUAGCCUAGAGCGAUGUCCAUUGUUUAAAAAAAACUAGCCUAGAGCGUCAUCUGUUGUUGAAAACCCACCUAGAGUACUGUCUGUUGUUGAAAACUCACCUAGAGCGCCAUCUGCUGUUGAAAACUAGCCUAGAGCAAUGUCCAUUGUUAAAUUAACUAGCCUAGAGCGCUAUCUGUUGUUGAAAACUCACCUAGAGUACUGUCUGCGAUUUAAAAACCAGGCUAGAGCGCCAUCUGUUGUUAAACUCACCUAGAGCACCGUCUGCGAUUUUAAAACUAGGCUAGAGCGCCAUCUGUUGUUGAAAACUCACCUAGACCGCCGUCUGCUGUUAAAAACUAGGCUAGAGCACCUUCUGUUGUUAAAAAACUCACCUAGAGCGCUGUCUGCUGUUGAAAACCCGCCUAGAGCGCUGUCAGCUGUUAAAAAACUAGCCAAGAGCGCCAUCUUCUGAAAAUAGCGAUGCAUGAGAAUCGAUUUCUCAAGCAAUUGUUCACCACAGCUGUAUUUGUGAUGUACUAAAUGGAUAUUGAACAUUUUAAUAUAGCGCACAAGUCAUUCGGACUUUCAUGGCUCGUUGGUUCUUUUAUAAAGCCACUUAUUUUUAUUUUCUGGACACAAACAGCAUCAUCUUCAUGCGAUCAUGAUGAAACUAAAGAGACGUAAACAUAAAUUAGAGGUGAACUCUCCCUUUAACCAUGUCGUUGGAUUAGCACUUGUGUAUUUUGGAGCAUUAUUUUGAAGUAAAUGACUUUAUGUGUGUGUGUUCACGUCGCUCAUGGCUGGUGCUGGUGGCGUUUACAACCAGAUCUGGCUUUUUUUUGAUGAUGAUGAUGAUGAUGAUUCUGUCCAGUUCUGAUUUAGACGAAGGAAUGUUUUUUUACCGAGCAUUUUCUACUCGUAGAUGGAGAAAUAGUUUGCAGUAUUUUUUCAAUAUUGAUAGAAAAGACUUUUGAAAGGAUGCAAUGAGCACGUGUGUGACCAAAACUACCUGAAAACAGAUGAAGAGAUGUUUCUAUUUUUUUCCUCUUUGUAAAGUAAUAUUUAGUGAUUUGUGGUCUUUUGUAAGCUGUCUCUAUGCUUGUGUUGAGAAUGUAAGAUGGCGAUGGAUCAGUGUUCUGGUCUGCAGACAUGGAGCUUUUCUGUGGAGAUUUAUGGGGUAUUAUUACUGUCCUCAGGCUUUUUUCUGAGAAGAUUCAUAUUUCUGACUUGCUUUGAUGAUCACAAAACCAAAAAUACACUUACAUUUUUACCUGC